AUGCUCGUUCAAAUUCUCUAUCUCCUUGCGGCCUUGUUCCUGUCCUCUGUUGUACAUGCGGGUGACUCGGCCUGGCACUUGGACAAUAUUUGGUCCCUCGUGAAUGAGGAGCUGGAUCCCAUUAUCUCCCCCAAUGCCCAGUCUAGCCACAUGCACGCCAUUGUGGGCGGAAGUAAGAUGGCCGCCUACUACAACUAUGCCGAUUACGCUGCAGCCAAGUGCUCGUCCUUGGAGGUGCAGGCCGAUAAAUCCAACUAUUGGAUGCCUCAACUCUAUGUCGUCGACCACGAUCUCAGCGAAUUCGUCCCCGUCUCUGCCAAGGUUCGGUUCUACUACUUUUUGGCCAAGAACAGCGACAACGACCCCGUCUCUGCCUUCCCCAAGGGUCUCCGAUUGGUCGUCGGUAACCCGAACAACAAGGCUGUCACCGACGUCGCCAGUUUCACCUGUCAGAUCAACUCGGACUUCAGUGACUCUGUCGUCGCCAACGACUUCAACUUCGAUCGGGACUGCCCCUACGGUAUGAAGACCGAGCUGUACUUUCCUCCAUGCUGGGACGGUUACAAUUUGUACAAAUCUGAUGGCUCGCACAUGUCGUACCCCAGCAAUGGUGUUCGAGAUGGUAUGUGCCCCUGGUCUCACCCAAUCCGACUCCCAGCUAUUCAAUUGGAGUACACAUGGUACACUUCCAACUACAACCCUGGAACAGCACUAAGUGGCAACCUUGCUUGGGCUAACGGAGACACCACGGGCUACGGUGUCCACGGUGACUUUAUCAACGGAUGGGAUCUUGACGUUCUCAACGCCGCGUUGAACGACACCAGCUGCAACAACAUCGGCAACACCAUGAGCGACUGUCCGACUUUGUACAAGUACUUUGACGCUACCGCUGCUGCUGCCUGUACACCUGAGAAGGGCACUCUUACAGAGCCUACAGGAAACGCCAACAACGUCGCUAUCGAUGCCCUCCCGGGUUGCAACCCUCUGUGGUCCAGUGGUACCAAGCCCACUUGCAGUCCUGCCGUUGCUGGUCUCGACGCCUCGGCUUUCACCGGUACCGACGGUUCUUUGAUCGCUGCUACGGAGGACCAGAAGAAGUUUGUCUGGCCCACCACCCCUGGCUUCAAGAACAUUGCUUGUCUUCACGACAUCAGCUCUGUUGUCGGUGGUACUUCUUAUACCGACUCUUAUCUCACGGUCGAGUCUUGUACCGCCCACUGUCUUGCUUCAGGUUACCAGUUUGCCGGUACAGGACAAGUCGGAACAGGAUGGAACUGUGUCUGUGGAACGGGCAUCAGCUCUUCCGCUCUUGUCGAGCCCGGCAUGUGUACCACCGCCUGCCCUGGCAACAGCACUGAAAACUGUGGAGGCUCUUACAUCUUCAGCAUUUGGUACGCCCCCAACGGCACGGUGGCCGAUAUCGGAAAGGACCGAGACGACGGCUCCAAGUACCUCGGAUGCUACGACGACCCCUCGACGGUAUCAGAUGGCUUGCUCGGCAAAGCUACCUACAGCUUCUCUUCCAACAGCAUGACGACCGAGGUCUGUAUCGAAGCUUGUGCUCAGCAAGGAACCAGCUGGGCUGCUACUUUGUCUGCUAAAAACUGCUACUGUGGAGACGAAUACUACUAUGGAACCGGUGCUCUCAUGCCUACCAGGUAUUGCUCUGUUGCCUGUGCUGGAAACUCGAGUGAAUACUGCGGUGACUACUACAAGUCCUCGCUCUACAACAUCACCUCUGUCAAAGUCACCAACUCUUCUGCUGGAUACAUGGAGGGCUACCAAGGCUGCUACCAGGACAAGAGCGGUCAUCUUGCCUUGACCAACAACUCUUGGACUUCUACCGCCAUGACUGCCGCUCAGUGUGUCAACGGUUGUUCUGAACUUGGUUACUCUUAUGCUGGUGUCGAGAGUGGCAAUACUUGUUACUGUGGUAGCAAGGUCUCUAGUACUGUAACCGUCCUCCCUGCUUCCCAAUGUCAAACGGCUUGUACGGGUAACACGACAGCGACAUGUGGUGGUACCCAAGCUUUGGACCUGUACACUGUCGAGGGCGCGGUCAACACCACAACCUCCCUUGCAGCCGCUCGACCUACGGGGUACUUGGGUUGCUUCAAGGACAUGGGCUCCAACCUUGCCUUCAGCAACUACUACACCUACACAUUCAAGUCCAUGACGGUCGAGAUCUGCAAAGCUGCUUGUGUGGAGCUCGGAUACUCGUAUGCGGGUGUUGAAAACGCGAACCAAUGUAACUGCGGCAACAAUUACCCUCAAACCAGUCAGAUGGUGUCCGGCCUUUACUGCACCAAGAGCUGUGCUGGCAACUCGUCUGAGACUUGUGGUGCCGGUGGUUAUCUCGAGGCUUACACCUUGAGCAACUCUUCAUCAUCAUCCACUUCGGUCAUGGCCGGUACUUCAUCGAGUGCCUACGUUGGCUGUUACGACAACAGCAACCGAGGUCUCGCCGCAUACUCUUAUGCCGACAGCGGGAUGACCGUCGAGGUUUGCCGCACCACUUGUGCCGAAUUCGGCUACAGCUUGUCUGGUGUCUACCUUGGGCGAUACUGUGGCUGUGGUAACUCUUGGACUGGCGCUACUCAGAAGUACCCAUCUAGCUCGUGCCAGAACUACGCCUGUAGUGGCAACAGCACCGAAUGGUGUGGUGGUUUGACGCAGCUCGCCAUGUACAAUACUUCCGGUGUCUCUACCAGCCACAAGAAACCCACUGGAUGGCUGUCUUGCUGGACUGACUCCUCUUCAUCCCGAUCUCUUACAUCGUAUUCGUACUCUGCGAGCCCCAUGUCUGCCAAGGCUUGUCGAACGGCUUGUAAUCAACAAGGUUACGCUUAUGCUGGAACUGAGAACGGUAACCAGUGUCACUGUGGCAACACCCUUGCUGGAGAGAAGGCCCCGACGUCUCAAUGCAAGAUGACUUGUACGGGUACAACUGCGAAUGAGACUUGUGGUGCUUCCGGCUAUAUGGACCUCUACAACGCCACUGGCGCUUCUUCCGAUAACGGUAUUUCUGGCUAUCUCGGAUGCUACACUGAUGACACCAAGCUCACCGGCAACUCGUUUGUCAGUGAUUACAUGUCUGUUGAAGUCUGUGCACAGUGGUGUCUUGCCCGAGGCACCACUUAUGCCGGUGUUCGCAAUGGAAACCAGUGCAAGUGUGGCAACACCUCUCCCAGUCUUGUGACCACGCUCGCUGCCUGUAACACGUCAUGUACCGCGACUGGUGCGACUUCCGAGCCUUGUGGAAGUUCUUCUGCUAUCGGUGUAUACACCAUCGCCGAUACCACCGUCACAUCUGGCGAAUUCCCCAUUACGACAAACUCCAGUGGGUAUGCUGGAUGCUACAAGGAGGGCUCGACUCGAAUGCUUCCUUCUUACUCCUUCUCUUCCAACUCUAUGACCAACGAUCUUUGUCGGUCUAGUUGUAAGACUCUUGGAUAUGCUUAUGCCGGCUCACAAUAUGCCACACAAUGUUACUGCGCUGCCUCUUUGAACGCUACCGCUGGCGGUUACCAGAUCCAAGAAAGCAACUGUGCUAUGGAUUGCAAGGGCGGUGUCGGCAAGUGUGGUGCUGGAGGCGUCCUUUCUCUCUGGACCACAUCAGGCCUGAACAGCUCCACUGCCACUGUCGAAGGUCUCCAAGGUUGUUACGCGAUCGGAUCCUUCCUCCGAUCUCCCGGCCUCACGUACAGCGGUGACUACAUGACUACCGACCUCUGUCGAAGGACCUGUCGAUUUGGAGGAUGGUCCAUUGCCGGUCUCACCAACGGAAACGGUUGUUACUGCUCAAGCACUGCCAACUAUGGAUCCCAGGUCGCUCCUGCGGUCUGUAACGCGGCGUGCAAAGGUCAAACCAACCAGACUUGCGGUGCCACCUCUUCCGGAGCCUUCUCCAUCUUUGACACUACGGGCGCCGGCGCUCAGCCUCCUUCUGGCUACCCCGACGACUAUGUCGGAUGUAUGUCUGAUGGGUCUCCUCGAAAGUUGUCCGACUAUUCUUUCAAAAAUGGAGGUAUGACUAGUGCGAUGGUUCGAAAGCUUGCGAUUGCCGGGGGCUAUCCCAGCUACGGUACCGAAAGUUCCAACGAGGGCUACAUGGGCUACAGCAAGCUCUCGCCUCCUCUUUUGCCUGAUACCUACUGUACUUCUAUGUGUCCUGGUGCCCCUACUGAACGAUGCGGUGGUGGAGGAAGACUGUCAUACUACUACAUGGCCUCCGUGUCCAACACCACAGACACCAGUACAUCGGCCGCUGCGACGUCCACUUCGGUCUCUGCCAACGCCACGUCUACAUCGCCUGUCAGCACGACCGUCAACGUUAGUGUCUCUACGUCUGCCUCUAGCAGCGCCUCGAGCUCUCGAGUCUCGUCCAACGCCGGCUCUUCCAGCGCCGGAACCACAUCUGCUCCUUCGUCUUCUUCCAACAGUACGAGUACUGGUUACCUCUCGGCUGUUUCUACCAGCGCCAUCGUCAGUAUUGGUACACCUUCCACCUCGUCUAUGCCGAGUGUGAGCGCCAACUACAGCGUAUCCACCGUACCCGCGCAGUCUACGACAACGUCUACUCCUGUCGGCCCCAGCUUGUUUGCGAGCAACUCGUCGGUUUCUACCAUCGCUCCUGCUCUAUCGACGUCGCCUGUUGCCAAUACGAGCUCUGUCACUUCUUCUCGAAGCUCUUCGGCGGUCUCAUCGAGUGUAUCAGCCAAUGCCUCUACUUCGGCCUUCUCGUCUAUCGUGGCAUCUUCCAUUGCGCCUUACAGCUCUGCCUCGCCUACCAACACUUCUUCUGCGGUGUCAUCUACCGCGGCUUCAUCCUCAGCAUCUACCCAAGCUCCUUCAUCCGCGACCUCCUCCAGCUCAUCUUCCACCGUCUACUCUACUGUCUACUCGACGGUGACAGUCUCUAUCGGCACCUCGUCUUCCACUCCCUCUAGCACCUCAUCUUACACUGCUCCCUCUGCCACUGGCACUUCCUUGGGCUGUUACACUGGCUCCUCCUCAUCUUUCGCCAACUCCAAGAUGACGAGCCACGAGAACCUCACCCCCAGCAUGUGUCAGAUCUGGUGUAACGCCAAUUACUACACCUAUGCCGGUCUGAGCGGUGGAAACAGUUGUGGUUGCGCUAGCGACUUGUCGGGCUUGACCAACUCUACUGCUUCAAGCUGUUCCACGAGCUGCUCUGGUGAUUCCAGCCAGAGCUGUGGUGGUACUGCCGAUUCGGUGUACUCCAUCUACCAGGCGGUGGCUGCUACCAGGUCCCAAAAGAGGUCCGAGAGUGUGGAGCCGGCCAAGCGGAGAACGGCGGUCCAUGGGCGACGCGUGAUCAACAGGAUGGCUAACCGAGCUUGGUUGUGA